AUGAUCGCUACAGACUGGUUCAUCGAUGGGUGUCUUCAAAGAUGCUUAAUGUACAGUCGGAAUCUCGAAAGAGAAGCUGGAGAUUUGGCUACUGCAACCUGGUCUCAUCACGCUCUAAUAGCCGGAGACCGAAAAGACGCCCUACUGGGGCUUGCUUGCACUCUGGUUCUUGCUCUUAUUUUCACGGGGAUUCAGCUGUAUGAGUACUAUGAAGCAUCCUUUACUAUCUCGGACGGAGCCUUCGGAAGCGCUUUCUUCUUUGCACCAUCAUGUAGGAUUCGAAGGCGGCCUACUUUAUUGGCAAAGAAAUGCCGUAAUAGAAGGAAACUUAUAUUAUUACCACUCUACCAUAUGCGGGAAACUCCUAAAGGCGUAGGUCAGGCUGAGCAAAAGACCUUAGACCCUGGAAAGAUGACCCUAGCUGAAGGCCUAAAGCUUCUGGACCAAUACACACGAGAUUUCCAAAAAGACCCCAGCAAAUAUACUCAGGGUAUAGACCCCCCAACAAUUAGGGAGCUGGCUGCAGGUUUGUUCCAAGCUGAGGGUACAAUAGGUGAUAAGGGGGAUCAAGGCGAUCAAGGGCCACAAGGUGAAAAAGGUGAUAAAGGUGAAAAAGGGGAUCCUGGCAAAGACGGUAAAGAUGGCAAAGGCGGCAAGGAAUGGGCUGGCUUAAAAGACGAUGUAGAUAAAGCACAAAAGAGAGCCGAUGAAGCUUAUGAUUAUGCCGCGGGUAACUAUCAAAUGAUUCUCGCUACGGAUACGGUGGUUGCUGGAUUAACAGCUGGUGCUGCGGUGAUGGCUGCUAAUAUUGCUGCAUUAGAUGCGAAUGUCGCCGCCUUAGAUGGUGAAAUGACAGCCGCACAAGGAAGUAUUACUGCGCUUGAUACACGUGUUGUCGCUAAUCGAAAUGAUAUUGGUACCGUUGAAAAUAGUCUUAAAAAUGUUAAACAAGACUUUAAAGGGGAAGAAUACUUCCCACGCUUUAAUUCUCCUGAUAGCAGCAUAUCUUUUGAACAGUCAAACACGAACGAUCCACGGGUUUUUUAUGUUCGGGUGAAAGGGGCUGGUGCUAAUUUAGCAAUUGUAUCUGGUGAUAAUACGAUAUUAGUUCAUCCGCAAGAAGACCAAGAACAAAAAGUAUUUGAUAUCCAAAACCAUGAUGGCGGGGUUGACUAUGAUUUAUCAGUACAAAAGCACGAAAAUGUAUUAAUUACUUCGCAAGAUAAAUCGGUAAGCGUAAAGCGUGGCUCAAAUAAUCCCGAUGAGAUAGGCUACGAGCAUUGA